AUGAAUUUGAUACAAGAACUUGUGUUCCAGAAACGGGUACGCCUGUUUAAGUGGAACGUAAAAUCACCCAGCAAUCAGCACCAUGUUCUUCAAGGACAAAUCCUGUUUCUAAUCAAAAGUCGUUUCGUUUCCACUCCUGCUACUUCAAAUGUUAAAUCCUCCCACCCAAUUUCCUAUAGUUUCCCAUUCGACCUUGAAUGCUUGUCUUCUACGAAGGAUGUAGAAAAACUAGCUUAUGAAGCCGUGCUGAGCACACAACAGUUUCUUGAACAGAGAAAUAUCACAGCUUUGGCCAACAGCCUUUCAGGAUACCUUGGUUUUCAAGAUUAUGGCAUUGGUGAAGUUGAAGUUGGGGAUCGGUUCAGUGGUGAAGCUGAUACUACUGAUGAAGAAGAUAUCGUGCUGAGAUUGAGAAUCUUGUUGGGGGUGCCUGUGUUAUCUGUGUUGGAGCCAAUCGAUAUCUCUGAACCCUUGGGGUUGACACAAGUGCCUGGACUGGACUUGUUUGAACUAUGUGACGGAGGUGCAUUGGCGGAUCAGGGCACGUGUGCGAUCUGCUUGGAAGGGCUCUCCAUGGAUUCCUCUAGGAAGACGCCCUGCUCGCAUGUUUUUCAUGGGGGUUGCAUUGCCCAGUGGCUGUGGAGGAAAACAUCUUGCCCCCUGUGCCGAUCGCAACUAGCUUAG